AUGAGCUCUCGUAUCCAGGACCUACCGGAGGUGGAUGACAUUCAGCAGCGGUGCGCUAUGCGGGCGGCCAAGCUCCGGGAUGUGGAGGCCACUACUGACUUAGAAGCGGAACGAGCCUUAGAAACCAUUAGAAACCUGGCGGCUGUAAGACCUAUGAAUGAUGCGGAAAUUGAUGCCUUGGGGGUACGGGUGCUUGACACUUUCUGUGCGGAUCUUGUACCUCCGUCUGCGGAGUCUGAUGAUGAGGAAGUCGGUGUGGAUGAAGUAGUCACUGCACAACCGGAGCCUGGUUAUGAGGACCGGGUUGCGGGAAAUAUAAUUACUAAACGAAUCUUCUGGAAUAGCAGAGGUCUUAAGGACUUGGCUAAACGUAGGUUUCUAGCGGAGGCAUCUUUAGAGCACAGUUUGGACUUCAUUGCGCUCUCUGAAACUGGUAGGGAUAAUUUUGCACCACAGUUUCUUAAUACGUUGUCGGGAGGAGUGGAGUUCGACUGGCAUUGUCUUCCUCCAAGAGGGAGGUCCGGUGGCAUCUUGCUUGGUGUGAGAUGUGACUCACUGGAGGUCCGGAGCGUUGUUUUGGGUGACUUCGCGGUCAAAUUUCGAGUCAGGUCUAAAGUUGAUGGGUUUAACUGGGUCCUGGUGGCGGUCUAUGGGGCCGCACAACCUGAGCUUAAACCGGAGUUUUUGGCAGACUUGGUUCGUAUUUGCGGAUCAGCUAGUGCCGAAUGGGAGCAGAAAUUCCCUCUCGUCACGGUUCAGGCUCUCACGCGAGGAAUUUCGGACCACACGCCUUUGUUCGUAGAUUCCGGUGAACCAAGGCACGUGGGAAACAAAAAUACCUUCUCUUUCGAAACGGCGUGGUUUGAACGAGAAGGUUUCCUGGAUCUCGUAGCUAGGGAGUGGGCUACGGAUACUGGGGGUAGGUCGUCCGUCGAGAGAUGGCAGAAUAAGAUCAGGCAUUUGAGGAGCUUUCUACGGGGAUGGGCCAAACACCUAAGUGGAGUUUAUAAGAUUGAAAAGGAUAGACUCCUAGAUCUUAUACGAUCCUUAGAUGUAAAAGCUGAAUCUGUAAUUCUGCAGUCUGCUGAAUUGUCUUGUAAGCUUGAUGCGGAGAAGAGGUUGAAGGAACUUCUCCGUGAAGAAGAGCUGAAGUGGGCGCUCAGAGCAAAGGUUCGCAAAACACACAAGGGCUUGCGGCAAGGAGAUCCGAUGUCCCCUAUUCUGUUCAACAUAGUCGUGGAUAUGUUGGCUGUUCUGUUAGGUAGGGCCAAGGAGGCAGGCCAAGUUGGAGGCUUGGUACCUCAUUUAGUUGAUGGAGGUAUCUCCAUACUGCACCACUUGGGCUCAAAUCCUUCGUAAUAAGUAUCUUCAAACCAAAACUUUGUCUCAGGUUAUCUUCAGAGCCACGGCACUUAUCCGUUCCUGGUCGCUACUCACUCCGACGGAGGCCAGGGAGCGUUUGGUUACUGGUGCUAUCCGAUGGGAGACGGUAGCACGGGAUAUCUUCAGCCGGUUUGGAUGGCGGUCAUGUAAUAGGAUAGGCAAUUAGUUUACCUGUCUUUUGUUCAGCCAACCGGUUGUGGUUUAUCCUUUGUUGGGCUAGCU